GCCGCCACAGCAGCAAUACGCCGGUUACUUUCCAUCUCCAAACUAUGCCUACCAGCAGCCCGCGCCGCCGCCUCAAGGCCCCGGGUAUGGUUACCAACAGCCCGGCCCGGCCUACGGCGGCUACCACCACCGGCCGCCCAGGGAUAUCAUCCCCCACAACCGGCCCCUAAUAACUUCGGGAGACCAAACAUGCCAACGGUAAACUCGAACUCGUACGUUCACGGGAACCACAGCGCCCCGCCGCCACCGCCGCCGACGACCCAACACUAUGGAUACCAACAACAAUUCGCGUUUCAAUACUCGCAGUGUACGGGGCGCCGGAAAGCCCUGUUGAUCGGUAUCAACUACUUCAACCAGCGCGGUCAGCUCCGGGGGUGUAUCAACGAUGUGAGGAACAUGUCGGCCUACCUCGUGGAGAACUUCGGCUACAAGCGCGAGGACAUGGUCAUCCUUACCGAUGACCAGCAAAACCCAAUGAGCCAGCCAACGAAGCAGAAUAUCCUGAGGGCCAUGCACUGGCUUGUCAAAGACGCCCGGCCAAACGACUCGCUAUUCUUCCACUACUCCGGUCACGGCGGGCAGACAAAAGACCUCGAUGGCGACGAGGAGGACGGGUAUGACGAGGUCAUUUACCCCGUCGACUUCCGGCACACCGGGCACAUCACCGACGACGAGAUGCACCGCAUCAUGGUGCGCCCCCUCCAAGCGGGCGUGCGCCUCACAGCCAUCUUCGACUCGUGUCACUCCGGCACAGCGCUCGACCUACCCUACAUUUACUCCACCCAGGGCAUCCUCAAGGAGCCCAACCUUGCCAAGGAGGCCGGUCAGGGUCUGCUCAGCGCCGUUUCUGCUUACAGCCGCGGCGAUCUUGGUGGCGUGGCCAACAACAUCAUGGGCUUCUUCAAGAAGGCCAGCAACAGCGAGGAUGCCUAUGCUAGGUCGAUGGCGGUCAAGACAUCGCCAGCGGACGUGGUUAUGUUUUCGGGCAGCAAAGACGAUCAGACCUCAGCUGAUGCGACCAUCGCCUCCCAGGCCACCGGCGCCAUGUCGUGGGCCUUCAUCACGGCGCUCAAGAAGAACCCGCAGCAGAGCUACGUCCAGCUGCUCAACAGCAUCCGCGACGAGCUGCAGACCCGCUAUACCCAGAAGCCCCAGCUCUCGUGCAGCCAUCCCCUCGGUAGGUUUCUUCCCGUCUUGCAUCCCACUGCAUCUCUGUCCUGAGAGUAUGUGGCUGACGCGGUUGGUGUCAUGGAUGGCUUUCAUGGGCAAUCAGACACCAAUGUCUUGUUUGUGAUGUGAUGUUUUGUAGGACAUACACUAUGUGGGGAGGCCGAUCGUUACCGUUUGCUUUGGUUGCAUUGACUCGGGAGUACGUAUCGAUAUUGGGAUU